AUGGAUUCAUCUUUAUUAUCUUCCACCAAUAGUGUCAGCAAUGUGGAUCAGAUUGUCAAUUUGUCCAUUACAGAGGAAAACCAGCAUGGUGCUAAAUCCACACUGCCAAAGAAAGCAGACGGCAAUAACCCAGCAGACGGCAAUGGUCCAGCAGACGUCAGCUCAUCCAAGGAAGACCAGGAUAAAAAGAUGCUUGUUGAUAUGUACUCCAUAAUGGUUGACAGUGUGUUAGAGGGAAUUAAACAGUAUUCAAAGACUCUCAGUGUACACAAGACUCGUGCCAAAGUGGUGGAUCUGAUUUGUGAGGGGUGUAGGGCUUACCCUGUCCUUAGCAAAUAUAUUCAAAGAAGAUCAGACAUUGUGUUCACUUUGGAGGCAUAUGAUCAGGAUGGGAGGAGUCUACCAGUGGAGGAAGGAAGUCGUAGCCUCUUGUUGAAGUCAGCCAGUGUUUGUCUGUAUGAUGUACCGAGUACGCUCAUUCCGGGGAAAACCCUGGGCUCUCUUGUGUUCUCGGAAGUCUUCCAAGACUCGGUCAUCUCAGUACAGAAGGAAGAUGGGACUCUAGAACUUGAUGGAGAGAGCUUAAUUCUAACUUCCAUCAUACCUAGAUACAGGAGCUGGCCACUUGUUAGUAAGGUGGAGUCUUCUGGUUUUCUACAUAACCUUACACAGUAUGGCUGCCUGUUGUGUCCCGGGGAGACAUUUCGAGUCUGUACUGAUCAGAGUCUCACACUGCCUGUCAUGGAGGUGGAACUGUUUGCCUAUGAGGCUGCCAUAGUCCUUGUGUUUCAGAGGGCCAACAUUUUGCUUCUGGAUAAAGAUAACAUUAAAUCAAUGCAGAUGUAUGUUGGAGAAUCUUCAGAUGCUGUUUCGGUACUUAUGGUUGAAGUGUUACCAUCCAGCGGUAUCCCAGCAUUCCUCCAGUCAGAAAACCACAUCUUGUACAUUUCAAUGUUCCCAAAGUCUAAGGCCAAAUUAACUCUUUUCCAAGAGGUAUUACCUGAGUGGAAGUCACAUUGCAGUUUGCCACAUGUGGACCCCACAGAAAGCAUCCCAGAAUCCUUCCAACAAAUGUAUGUACUAAAAGUAUGA